AUGAAGGAGCCCGACGCCAUCAAACUCUUCGUGGGGCAGAUCCCGCGGCACCUGGAGGAGAAGGACCUGAAGCCGAUUUUUGAGCAAUUUGGAAAAAUCUACGAGCUCACCGUCAUCAAGGACAAGUACACCGGGAUGCACAAAGGAUGCGCCUUCCUGACCUACUGCGCCCGCGAGUCGGCCCUGAAGGCCCAGAGCGCCCUGCACGAGCAGAAAACCCUCCCGGGGAUGAACCGGCCCAUCCAGGUGAAGCCGGCGGACAGUGAGAGCCGAGGAGGUAGUGCUUGUGUCCCGGUGCCCCCCGCUGACCGGAAGCUGUUCGUGGGGAUGCUGAGCAAGCAGCAGGCGGACGAGGACGUGCGGAAAAUGUUCGAACCCUUCGGCACCAUCGACGAGUGCACGGUGCUGCGCGGCCCCGACGGCACCAGCAAAGGCUGCGCCUUCGUCAAGUUCCAGAGCCAUGCGGAGGCCCAGGCCGCCAUCGCCGCCCUGCACGGGAGCCGCACGCUGCCGGGCGCCUCGUCCAGCCUGGUGGUGAAGUUUGCGGACACGGAGAAGGAGCGGGGGCUGCGGCGGAUGCAGCAGGUGGCGAGUCAGCUGGGGAUGUUCAGCCCCAUCGCCCUCCAGUUCGGAGCCUACAGCGCCUACACGCAGGCGCUGAUGCAGCAGCAGGCGGCCCUGGUGGCCGCGCACUCGGCCUACCUCAGCCCCAUGGCCACCAUGGCCGUCCAGAUGCAGCACAUGGGCACGGUCAACCCCAACGGGCUCAUUGCCACCCCCCUGCCACCCUCCUCAGGAACCAGCACCCCCCCGGCCAUGGCGGCCACCCCGGUCCCGGCCAUCGCGGCCCCUCUGAGUGUCAAUGGCUACAGCCCCGUGCCCGCGCAGCCCGCGGGACCCCCGGCCCCCGACGCUGUCUACGCCGGGGGGGUCCCCCCCUUCCCAGCCCAGAGCCCCGCGGCCCCCGGGGACCCCCUGCAGCAGGCGUACGCUGGCAUGCAGCACUAUACUGGGACCGCGUACCCGGCCGCCUACGGGCUGGUCAGCCCGGCCUUCGCCCCCCCGGGACCCCUGCUCGCCCCCCCGCCCCCCCCGCAGCAGCAGCAGCGCGAAGGCCCCGAGGGCUGUAACAUCUUCAUCUACCACCUGCCCCAGGAGUUCGCCGACACCGAGAUCCUACAGAUGUUCCUCCCCUUCGGCAACGUCAUCUCCGCCAAGGUCUUCGUGGACAGGGCCACCAACCAGAGCAAGUGCUUCGGCUUCGUGAGCUUUGACAACCCCGCGAGCGCCCAGGCCGCCAUCCAGGCCAUGAACGGGUUCCAGAUCGGGAUGAAGCGGCUCAAGGUGCAGCUCAAGAGGCCCAAAGACGCCAACCGGCCCUACUGA